GCAGCCGGGCGGCCCAGCUGGAAGCGGAGCGCGGGGGCUGGCGACUGACUGCCGUCGAGUCCCGGGCCGACGUUGUAGCCUUGGGGCGAGGGAGGGCCCGGAAGCGGACUCUAAGCGGAACUGGACUACCCCGGCCUGCCAGACGGCUCUCGGUGAAGAUGGCGGGUCCGGAGCUGCUGCUCGACUCCAACAUCCGCCUCUGGGUGGUCCUACCCAUCGUGAUCAUCACGUUCUUCGUGGGCAUGAUCCGCCACUACGUGUCCAUCCUGCUGCAGAGCGACAAGAAGCUCACCCAGGAACAGGUGUCUGACAGUCAAGUCCUAAUUCGAAGCAGAGUCCUCAGGGAAAAUGGAAAGUACAUUCCCAAACAGUCCUUUUUGACACGAAAGUAUUAUUUCAACAACCCUGAGGAUGGGUUUUUCAAAAAAACUAAAAGGAAGGUUGUGCCACCUUCUCCUAUGACUGAUCCCACCAUGCUCACAGACAUGAUGAAAGGCAACGUGACAAACGUCCUCCCCAUGAUUCUCAUCGGAGGAUGGAUCAACAUGACUUUCUCUGGCUUUGUCACAACCAAGGUCCCGUUUCCCCUGACCCUCCGGUUUAAGCCUAUGCUACAGCAAGGAAUCGAACUGCUCACCUUAGACGCAUCCUGGGUGAGUUCUGCAUCCUGGUACUUCCUCAAUGUGUUUGGGCUCCGGAGCAUUUACUCUCUGAUUCUGGGCCAAGAUAACGCCGCAGACCAGUCGCGGAUGAUGCAGGAGCAGAUGACUGGAGCAGCCAUGGCCAUGCCCGCAGACACCAACAAAGCCUUCAAGACAGAGUGGGAGGCUUUGGAGCUAACAGAUCACCAGUGGGCACUGGACGACGUGGAAGAGGAGCUCAUGGCCAAGGACCUGCACUUCGAAGGCAUGUUCAAGAAGGAGUUACAGACGUCCAUCUUCUGAGGCCCGAGCGGGGACCGGCCGUGCCAGGAACUCGCAGUAGCGCUUGACCUUGUAACUUUCGUAGGAGCUGCAGAGCCUCUGAGAAUAAAAAGGAGGGUGCGAGGGCUGGCGGGCGUGCAGCAAGGCUCCUUCUUGUCUGAGCUGGGUUCCCCCUGUGUUGGAAACUAGAGGAAAGAGGAGUAUGCGGGCUGACCUGCUAGUUAAAAGUGUCCUUCGUUUUCCUGCUGGGGACUAGUAAUGAAGUCAGAGAAAGGGGAAACCUAAUAGAGCUACUGAAUCCACACCCACACGUAGCCCGAGCCAUCCAGUCUCCGGAAGAAGCGUCGUCAGUUAUAACUAGUUCUUCUGUUCCGUCAGCCUGACUUCUAACCACUGUAAACUCCUGUUUUCUUGGGAUCCAAACACCCUGCAUUGUUCCUUUAAUUUUUAUUUUGUUAGAAUGUUUAACUUCCUUUACAAAAGUAAUACAUCUUCAGCACCGAAAGUUUAGAAACUGUGGAUGAGCAAAAUAAACGACCGAGCCUACUGAACGACACACAGGACAACUGUGUCAAAACUGGCUAAAAUUAACUCUUGAGCACGACUGCCCUGGGCCAGGAGACCCAGCACGCAGACCUUGUAGACCUCACACUGGCCGGUGAAAAUGACCGGCCGCGAGGCCCCUCCAGGUUUUAUGAUUGCCUGUGCAAUCAUCACAGACAGGUUCCAGAAUACCAGCUCUUGAUCUGGACUU